UUGUUUUAGAUUCCAAUCUAAUUUUAGUAAUUUAGAAAGCUGAAGCAUGAAAAGAUUCUUCACAUGGAAAUGUUUACUAUUUGGAUUGCUAGUCGUCCAUGUCGCUUUUUUCCUUAAAAUGAAACAUUACCUACACCGGAAAUCCGAACAUAAACAAGCUUUCAGUGAAGUUGAACUUCGACAAAAUUAUAGGAAAUCAAAUCUGCACAAUGGGUGUCUUCGAUUAGGCUUGAACAAGCCCAUGGUGACGCAAACUGAUGAUAUACGCCAAAUGCUGCAGCAAGUCAAGUUAUUAUAUUCCGAUAAAUACAAGUUUUUGGUGUGUGAGAUUCCUAAAUGUGGAUGUUCAAGCAUAAAGAAAUUACUUCUAAUCACGGAAGGUAUAGUUAAUGAGACAAAUCCACAGGCAGUGAAAUCAUGGCUUGCUCAUGAACUUGGCGACAAACAUCUGGACUUGAAAAACAUCAAAAAUGUCACUGAGAUUCAGAAGCGACUUGAUACGUAUCAGAAACUCAUCAUUGUAAGAGAUCCACUGUACAGAUUAUUAUCAGCAUAUAUAAAUAAAUUAGAGCAUGAGUAUCCUUGGAAUCGGGGAUUUGCUAAAAUAUCAAAAAAUAUUCACCAACAAUUUGUAAAAAACGAAACAGGAAAGUUGGCUUCCUUUGGAGAGUUUCUUUCCUACCUAACAGAAGAAAACGAGUAUGAUAGACACUGGGAACUUUAUCACAAACUGUGUUUACCCUGCUCAAUAUCAUACGAUUACAUUGCUCACAUUGAAACCAUUGAUGACGACAUGGUUGAUUUCAUGGAUAAACUUGCAAUUACAAAUAUAACGUUCCCCCGAAAUUACGAAAAGUCAAAACAGACCAACACAGACACAUUUGAACGAUACAUUGGUGAAGUACCAGAAAACCUAGUAAAAGGUAUACGCAAAAAGUAUAAGACUGACUUCGAUCUCUUUGGCUUCAAAUAGGAAGGAUAUAAAAUUUCAGAUGUAAACAAUGAAUAAUUUGUGCCAAAUGUAUACGUUCAAUUCAAUUAAAACCUAGCUACUAUUUCUCAUUAUUUGCCAAUAUCUCAAUUAUAUACUUUACUGAUUGGGCAUGUUACAGAUAAUAGACGUGGUUACUGGCGGUGUCUCAAAACUUAAUACGAAACUAUAAAUAAAAAUAAAAACAGUUUUUUACAACACCCAGGCUAGCGUUUAUACAAUAAGCAACACAAUGUAACAAUCGGGGUCAUUAUGACGUUAUUUGAUAAAUGCGAACCUCACAUUUAUGCCUCAAUGUUGUACGGUACCAAUACCGUAAACUUGAUGCAACUGUCUAGUUCCCAGAAAUGUUUUAUUAGAAGACACAAUUUUGAUAUUGUUACAACUAGACAGUGGUGGGAUUCAGCCGGUUCGCACCGGUUCUAUAGAACCGUCUCACGGAAUUUUAUGAGAUCAGCGAACCGGUUAGCAUUACUGGUUACUUUCAAUGUUCUGUUUGCAACAGAACCGGCUGAAAAAUAUGACUUUUGUGAAGGAACCGGCUGACAAAAAAUUUGAAUCCCACCACUGCCACUAGAGAAUGCCAGUUCCACUGAAAAUUAAUGUAUUUCUAUUGUUAUGUAUUGCUACUGAUCUCCAUUAUUUGUUUCUUUAUUUAGUUUUUGCUUAUCCCAAAUGUGUUGUAGACCCGAUGACGGAGCAAUCCGUUCUUCACAACUCCUGUCAUUUUCAUUUUACUCAAGAACUUUUAUGUUGAAACUUAUUGAUUCAAGUGAAAAUUAAAAUAACUCUGA